AUGGAACAAGAUGAAAGUGGAUCCAAAAAGAUCCAUUCGAUUAAUGAAACGAAGAAGAACUGGAUUGAUGCUCAGAAAUACUGCAGAGAUCAUCACACAGACCUGGUCAGUGGAUUGAAGCAGUUGGAUCAAGUAAAUCUCAGUGAUGGCAAAGACUAUUGGAUCGGCCUGUUCAGAGACACCUGGAGGUGGUCAGAUGGGAGCAGUUUCUCUUUCAGACACUGGGAUCAGACUCUGUCACCAGGAGACGAAUGUGCAGUGACCAUGUUGAAUGAAGAACAAGGAAGAUGGAAGAACGCCGACUGUACUGACAAAAAACCUUUCUUCUGUUAUGAUGAUAACGUGAUCCUGAUCAAAGAAAAUAAGACCUGGGAGGAAGCCUUGUAUUACUGCAGAGACAACUACAAUGACCUGGUCUCCAUCACUAAGCUUGAUGAACAGAGAUGGGUUCAAGAGAGAGCCAAGAAAGCCUCAACUCCUUUUGUCUGGCUGGGACUGCGCUACACCUGCACUCUGGAUUUCUGGUUCUGGGUCAGUGAUGAGGUAGUCGGCUAUAAGAACUGGGCCUCAGAUGGAAAGAAUGACGACUGUGACAUGUCUGGAGCCAUGGACACAGGAGGAGAACAUCAGUGGGUCACAAAACAAGAUAACGAGACGUUUAAUUUCAUCUGUUCUAAGUCUUAGACUCACUGAUAACUGUCUUUUUAUUCAUAUACUCUGAAUGUUGGUUGUGUAUCAAACGUAUUCUUUCCAUCUGUCUUGAAUGGUGAAGUGGGAAAUGUAGGAAUCCCAACGUGAAAUGUGUAAAAGCUGUCUUCAGAUUGUGAGAGGAAGAAGCUCCACUAUA